AUGGCCUCCAUCAGUCCAUUCAACAGUCUUCUAAACAACCUCAGCAGCGACCUAAGCAAAUUGAAUUUACAUAAUUUAGUGAAUGUUUGUGGAGAGCUUAUCAGUGAGGUUGAACGCGAGAGAAUCUCAUCAGGCUGGAAUGUAUUUAAAAUUCUUAUUCGACGAGACGCAAUCGGAGAAGAGCCAAGGAGGAUGGCAUUUCUACUCAGGAUUAUUAAGGAACUGAGGCCUAAGAGACGAGAUUUAGUCUCCAUGGUUAAAAAGUACAUUGAAGACAACUAUAAUCAACCACAAGAGAUACUGGAUGACUUUGAAUCUAGCUCAGAUGAGUACACGAUAAUUCAACGAUCUCCUCGUCCUGUGUCGAGAGAAGACUGUUGUAUAAAUAUUCGAUGCGGUUGUUGCAGUUGUAACCUCAGUUGUAAUCACUGCUGCAGCUGGUUUUGCUGCCUUGUGAUUGCUGCAAUGAUUUUAAUACUUUCAGCUGUUAUUUUGGCUGUGUUAUACUACACACCUUACUGCCGCAAACAUUUGAAUAUCACCAACGACGUCAACAGCGUCGAAGUUAUAGUUACCAUCGGCGUUCUUUUUUUCCUCGCGCUUUGCUUUAUUUUUCUC